AUGGGCCCCAAGUUUACUCCAACUGCUGCAUCGUCAUCCGCUGCGACAGUUCGAGUGACAGUGCAGGUGGACCUGCCACCAGCUGCCCACCCCGAGUCUGCAGAGUGGAUCGUAGUGGAACAUCCUGCCCGACUCCUUCCUGCUGUUCGUGACAGGUUGGCUGCUAGAUUGUCUUCUACGACCGCGAAAUCUUCUCCUAUAGAUCGCAUUGAGGCUGCCUGGAGGGCAGGUUACGACAGUCGCGACAAGAAUCUGGCUGCCGAGGACGUGGUCAGGCCACCUGGUCUUGGAAUCUCCAAUAGCUGCUGGUUGGGUGUCAGAGGUGAUCAAACUGUGUGGGUUGUGGUUCGUCGCCGAGCCGCUGACGUUCUUCUUCGCAAGGAGCCAACUACACGGUUGGUGGCAUUCCCUUCACAAGCCGAGGCGGAAGCUUGGGUGUUGGGCUACGGCCUUGACCAGAGGGUAGGCGGGCUGCUCCUGGGGAUGGAUUCCUCUUUCAUCACCGCUGCGGAGAUAAGCAAUGGUGCCAUCGCGAAUGUCACCACUGCCCUUGGCCCCACCCGCAUCGUCCAGGUGGACGGUCUUCCAGACGACGAGGACGCCGACCCCGUAGAGAUCAGCAUGCUUUUGGUGGAUUGGCCCCAGUCCCAUUACAAGUUUUUGCUGGGCGGGGGGACGGCUCCGAAUUGGCCGACGUCAACAGUCUUCCCUCAUUCUGGGGAGGAGGUGUUCCACACAGUCAACUACGAUCAGCUGGUUACGAUGGCCAGGGAGUGGGUCGAGUCGGAGGAGGGUCCGCAGACAGAUGCCUACCAUACAGCUGCGGAGGUUGCUCCGCCUCGUCCACCUGCAGCCUCCGACGACCUCUUGGCCCAGAUCUUGGCGCAAACACAGGACACCGCCGCUUUGGUGAACCGGUUGCAAACCGACCUGGACAAUCUGAAGGCGCAGCCGUCUGCUACUCUUCCGAGUGGCUCAGUCGGGCCCUCGGCAUUGGGAGCGGCCAGGCAGCUUGUGGGAGCGGCGCCAAAGACGAGGGCCUUGGCGACGCUCGCAGGGGGUCGUCCCGACACCGGCGCCGGGGCGCUCGUAGGCGAGGAUGCCGAGGAGGACGCCGAAGAGCUCCCAUUGGAUCAGCUCCUCAAGGCGGCACUGGUGGGGAUGUUGGACAAGAAGAAGCAGAGGACCAAAGCUCGUACCACGGGCCUGCCCCUCACCACGGACCACUCGGAUUCCGAGGGGGAGGAGGAUCCUUUGCGGCGCUUGAGUGGCGCCAAGGGCACUAUGCUUCUGGAAAAGCUUCGGUUUGCCAUGGAAAGCGAGCCUCAAGCUUAUAUCAAUGCGAUCGAGGGCCUGGCCGCCCAAACGUUGGGCGAGGCAUCAGCCUCCGCUCACACCAUGGAGAAGUACAUCAAGGAUCAGCUUCCGAUUGGUGCCGAGCGCACGUUGGGCUACAUGGUUUGGGGCAUAGGGCGUGCGCUUACCCUUUUGCGGGGCGGAGAGACUGCCAAGGCGCACCUGGUGUUGUUGCUGCUGAUCACAGCCACCGAGCAGUUCAAGCUGGACGGCACCUGGAGUUCAGCGUGGCGGAUCACACAUUUGACUCCCCCUCCGUUUUCGGACUGGCGCACUCGGGGCGAGCAACACCUGGCCCAACUACGCUCCGACCAUUCGCACACCAGGCUCGCCCAUGCCACAUGGAUGGCCGCGAUCGCGGCAAAGCUAAAGGACGAAGAAGUGCUGACAAAGAAGCGAUUCCAGAACCAGGGCGAUCCACCGAACCGACCAGCUUUUGAGGUUGCCUUUGAGUCCUUAAGGGAUCUUACUUAUGGGGUGGUACCACUUGUGGCGAGUCGGGUGGCGUUUCCGAGGGAGUUGAAGGGCUUUGAUCCGAUACCGUUUCUGCCUGAUGAGAUCUCUGCGGAGUGGGUGAGUAACCUUUUCUGUUUGGAGAAACCUGACCUAGAGCUCAGACAGAUCAUUGAUCGUAGGCCUAGAAACUCUUUGGAGAGUCCUCCGCCUGCUGAUGCACCGAAGAUGGGGCAUGCGUCUGUCUUCCUGGGGAUCUGUGUUCCGGCUAAAGGGUGCAUUCGGGGUUCGGUUGAUGACUUGCGCAACUAUUAUCACGAGUUUCAGGUGUCUGAUGAUAGAGCGUUGUCUACGCCGGUAGGCCCCUUAUGGUUUGCCAAAGACUUUGCCGGUUCACGAGCCCUGGCCAAACUAAAGGAGCGAAGACCUGACCUCACGAUCACCGCCAACACUCGCUUGCACUCCUGUUUUGCGGGCCUUUCCAUGGGUGACCACUGGGCUCCAGCUAUAGCUCAAGUUGCUCAUGAACAGUUGUUGUUCUCUUACGGCGCUUUGCGCGCGGAAGAACACCUGAAAUUGGGCCACCCAGUCCCGCGAGCCCCGGAUGGUCACUAUUCAGGAGUGUGCAUAGAUGACAAGCUGUCGCUGCAGGUUUUCCCACGAUAUAUGCCGCCUGACAGGCCUGACCUUGAACCGAAGAGUCGGGACCUGGAGGCAUGCGCCCAGGCCGAUACAGCUUAUGCUAAGGUUGGUCUAUCUUGUCAUCCCAAGAAGCGCAAGCGUAGGGCCUCAGAGUUUAAAGCAUGGGGUGCCCAUUUCGAUGGCGAUGCAGCUAUUGUGGGUAUGGACAGAGCGCGGCUGACUGUUUUGUCCUUCUACACAGCCCUUUUGGCUACGAAGGGGGUCGUUUCAGAAAACUUGCUGCAGCGGGUCGUGGGGCUUUGGGCGUUUGGGCUUCAGUUCCGAAGGCCCAUGUUCUCUCUUUUUCAGGCUGCUUAUAACAUUGGCCAUCCAAAUGGUAGUGCUCACGACGCCUUCCGCAUGCCACACGACCUGCAGCAGGAGUUGUUGGUGAUGUCAGUGUUGGGUUCAUUAGCUACAACCGACUUAAAAGCCCCAGUGGAUCCUUUCGUUUACGCGACUGCUUUUGAGCUUGAUUUCGUGGAGGUUUAUGCAGGUUGGGACUUAGAUGAUAAAGUGUUUGCUUUCCUCCUUAAGCUGAGCUCUGCAGGUGAUCUGGCAGGCGCCCAGGAUGCCCUCGAUCUCUCUUCUGGCACUCCUAGGGACCGCGCAGACCUGGAGCGGGGUCGAGUCACGUCCACCACAGCUUCCAUCCGGGUCCAGUUGAUGGAGCAGUUUCAGGACUGGAUACAGACGGAAGAGCCCGACUUACGGCCUCUGCCGGAGCUGGCGCGAUGGGAUCCGAUUCAAGUGGCAACGUUGCUCGAGGAAUAUGGCCGAGUGAUGUACGAAGAGGGUUCCCCGAGACGCCAGUAUGCAGAGACCAUCAACGUCAUUGUCCAGCACUUUCCGUACUUGAAGACAUUCCUGGCGGGCCCAUGGCGCCUUCUCACAACAUGGGAGGGCCUGUGGCCGGGGAAAGUCCACCCCCCGGUACCACUACCCCUGCUUCAGGCACUCGUGACCACAGCGCUGGCCUGGGAUUGGGUGCGGUUCGCCAUGGUGCUCCUUCUCGGAUUUUACGCAUUGUUGCGGCCCUGCGAAGUCAUUGCGUUGAGGGUGAAGGAUUGCUUACUGACUUCAGAGACCGGCGUGCAGGAAGUGAUCUUCAUUCGUCUGCAGCUGGUCAAGAGCAGGACGCGGGGCGCACGCAUGCAGAGUGUGCGAUUGGACGUGCCGUACGUAGUCGCUUUUCUCAAGAAGUGUUUCAAGACCAUGCAGCCCGAAGAAAGAAUUUGGUCUUUCUCAUCAGCAAUACUCAGAACGAGGCUCCAGCAGACGCUGACGGCUGUGACUAGUCAGCCCAACCUAGUCUUGCCCAGCUCGCUGCGUCCAGGUGGUGCCACGUUCUGGUUUAGAGAAUGGCAGGAGGACCUGCCACGCCUUCAAUGGAGGGGUCGCUGGAUGCAUUUUAAGACUUUGGCGCAUUAUAUCCAGGAGGUGGGUUGCAUCAAUGUCUUAGAUCAGCUUAGUAAUGCAGCCAAGACCCGCGUGCAUACUUUGGCCGCCUUGACUGAAGCGGCUUGCAAGGAAACGGUGGUGGUAACAGACCUGUCUUCCAAGGUCCAGCGACUUUUGACGCUUGUGCAGAAGCAAUCAGCACGGAGUUCCACAC